CCUGGUUUUCUUGCUGUGCUGUCUCUGUUCCUCUCAAUCCAACCUACCAUGUCAGCCCCAUCCACCCGCCGUCUCAGAGACCGAGACGGCGCUGCUGCACCCAAAUCCGCCGCCUCUCAGAAAUCCGUCAAAACCCUCACUCCGGUUUCCUCCACGGACAAGAACCCCAGUCCCACCAUCAAGAUUUCAUCCUCCGGCCCCAGGCUCGGAUCCAGGGCUCAGCGCCCGGCGAUCCGCCCUGUUCCCCGCGUCGAUAAGGCGGCCGUCUCAGCCGCCGCCGCCGCGGAGUCCGCAAAGGGUGCUGAUGUAAGCGAAGGUCGACCUCGGUGGUCAGCGUCGUCAGUACCAAGAGGUAGGAGUCAGAGUCCUUCCGAUUUCAUUAGGGUCUUGAGAGAUUCUAGGGUUCCGAAAGGGGAAUCGGAUCGUCGGGCUCUGUCGAGCGCAGGCAAGAAGAGUGGGAGUAGGUUUAUAAGAGAUGAUAAGGAGAACGGUGUAUUUAGUGCUGAAGUGGCGAAAACGAGACCAACGUGGGAGGCUGAAAGUAAUUCGAGUCGUCUCAAGAGUUUGAAUUCCAAUCGUACCGCGGAGAAUGUUGUGGGCAUGGGUCAGAUUAAGAGAAGCGAAGGAAGUGUCGUCGAUAGGUUGAAUUCCGUUAUAAAAGCUACUGAAAGUCUUAAACUUGAUAAGUUGGGUAGACAAAAAACUGAUUCUGAUUCCAAAUUCGACUUCGUAAGGGGAGGAUCUGGUCAUAAAUCUGCCGGUAAAGUUAGGGUUUCGGAGAGCCGGAAAGAGAAGGGUCUGGUUGAUGAGGGAACAGGAAAUAGGGGAAGUGAUGGCUACUCAAGCAGGCUGCACGAGAAGCUUGCUUUCUUGGAAGGGAAAGUGAAGAGAAUUGCUUCAGACAUCAAGAGGACGAAGGAGAUGUUGGAUAUGAACAACCCUGAUGCAUCAAAGGUUGUACUUUCAGAUAUUCAAGAGAAGAUUUGUGGGAUAGAGCAAGCGAUGGUCCAUGUUGUUGGUGAUCCCUCCAAGGCGGAUGUGAAAGAUCAAGUAGAGAACAACGAGGCUAAGCCUUCGGUUAAAGUAUUGAACAAUGAGGACCUUGAAGCAAGGCUUUUCCCUCAUCAGAAGUUGCUGAGAGAUAGGACAUCCUUGAAAGUCUCAUCUGGGGCUUCCCAAAAAAUUCAGGAUGUAGGCUCCAUUGCUGUUGAAUCUACUGGUAGGGUGAAGGCAGAUGAAAAACUGUUGGUCCCUGCUGAGGAGAGUCCAAUAGAGUCUGAGUUCUUAGCUUCACUAAGUAAAAAAGAGAAUAAGUCAGGUGAAAGAAGUGCAUAUCCAGGACCUGAGGCUUGCGAUGUUCAGGACGCUGAUAGUGUUGAAGCCUCUCAAGGGUCACAAGACUCUUCGAAGAUGUUUGAGGGAAAAGCUGAAGAUGCAUUUUCACUUACAGCUGAUGAAAAGCUGGAAGAUUUUGAUGAUGCGGAAAAUAGGCCAGCUCUAAUUGCUGAGCAGAUGGACGAGGCUAGUGUGCAUCAGCUGAAUCUGAUAGGCAUCAGAAGCUCAACUGCAGGAUGGUUUGUAUCAGAAGGGGAGUCGGUUCUUCUAGCUCAUGAUGAUGGAUCCUGCUCAUUUUACGAUAUAACUAAUUCUGAGGAAAAGGCAGUUUACAAGCCUCCAGCAGAAGUCUCCCUUAAUAUGUGGAGAGAUUGUUGGAUAAUUCGAGCACCAAACUCAGAUGGUUGUUCAGACAAAUAUGUGGUGGCUGCAUCCGCAGGGAACUCGCUUGAUGCAGGUUUCUGUUCAUGGGAUUUCUACACAAAAACUGUCCGGGCUUUCCACAUCGAGGAUCACGGAGUAACGACCGCUGCAAGAACCAUACUUGGUCCAUUACCCAAUACUACUGGUCUCAGAAGGAAUGCAUUGUCGUCUAGUACUGUGGGGGUAUCAGAGAGAAGUCGGCAAUGGUGGUACAGACCCUGUGGACAUCUUAUCGCCUCUUCUGCCAGCACUCAAAGCGUGGUCAAAGUAUUUGAUAUCCGAGAUGGGGAGCAGAUGAUGAAAUGGGAAUCCCAGACGCCUGUGAUGGGGAUGGAUUAUUCAAGCCCGGUGCAGUGGAGAAACAGAGGGAAAGUCAUUGUAGCUGAAUCUGAAUCAGUUUCUGUAUGGGAUGUAAACUCUCGUAGUCCACAGUCACUCUCGACCAUCCAAUUGUCUGGUAGAAAAGUCACAGCUCUUAGUGUGGUAAACACUGAUGCUGAACUUGGUGGAGGAGUUAGGCAAAGGGUCACGUCUGCUGAAGCUGAAGGGAACGAUGGUGUGUUCUGCACAACGGAUGCCAUCAAUGUCAUGGACCUUCGCAACCCAUCCGGCAUUGGUCUCAAAAUACCCAAAAUGGGAGUCAAUGCAGAGUCGGUGUUCACCCGUGGAGACUCCAUUUUUAUCGGAUGCACUAGCACGAGGUCACUGGCAGGGAAGCGACAGCCUUGUUCGCAAGUGCAGCACUACUCUCUGCGCAAGCAGAGGUUAGCCAGCAGCUAUUCUCUGCCAGAAUCAGAAACCCACUCUCACCAUGCUGCCAUUACUCAGGUUUGGGGGAACUCGAAUUAUGUGAUGGCAGUUUCUGGACUUGGUCUCUUCGUGUUUGAUGCCUCUAGAGAUGAUGAGACACUCUCAGCUGCAGCUGAUUGUGGGAUCGGGCAGAAGGUCAAUGAGGUUAUUGGCCCGGAUGACUUGUAUGCUCCUACUUUUGAUUACUUGGGUUCCCGUGUUCUUCUGAUAUCAAGAGAUCGCCCAGCCCUUUGGCGGUACAUGCUAUAGUGACUAUAGUGGGGAUGAACAGAUAGAUGUUUGUAAGGGCAAUUUCUAGUGUAGGGAUUUCAGUAUCUGGUUCUGCAGAAGUGGGAAAUGCUGUUCUCAUGUGAACCCAUCUACUUGGUUUGUUCAUUUUAUGUCAUCUAUUGGGCAAUUUCUAGUGUAGGGAUUUCAGUAUCUGGUUCUGCAGAAGUGGGAAAUGCUGUUCUCAUGUGAACCCUCUACUUGGUUUGUUCAUGUUCUGUCAUCUGUUGUGGCAGUAAUUGUUGUAAAACAGAAUAAUUGUCUUUACUUCCUUAUGGCUGCUUGAGUUAAGAGAGAAG